UGGAGUCGCUGCUGGUGUCUGUAGCUCUGCACUGGGAGAAGGGGAGGCAGGAAGUGGGCUGGGGAGGAACUGAAGGGUCGGGGGCUGCACAGCUCCUGGGUUUCAUGUCCAGGCUGCAGCACAGCCACAGCCGAGACAAUUCCCUGCUCUCCCAGGGGCAGGGAACAGACACAGGAAAGCGAGGGGCUGAAAGGGGCAGCGCGAGUGUCCAGGUGCCCAUCUCACCCUGCUGGUCUGAGAACAGCGUCCACGUUUCCCUUCCCAUUGUCCCGCUCUGAUGAAGAUGGGCAAUGGCCACAGGGGAGACGCUCAGGUGCCAGUGACCAUAAAGGAAGUGACAGUCUAUUGCACCAAAGGGCAGUAGGUACUUUUGGAUCCUCAUCAGAUGGUCUUCUACAAGGAUGUCACGCAGGAGAAUUACAAGAUUCUGAUCUCCCUGGGUAAGGGCUUGUUCUCCUUCACUUAUGAGAAGGCUGCACUCUCUAUGAAGGACAUAGGUCAGUUUCUGGUCAGGGAUCUUCCCAAGUCCCUUAGAAUUCUGGGUAAUCAGUCCAAAACUGUGCGAGAGAGAGUGCCACAAUCCCACCUCUUCCUAGGCAAAAGAAGAUGCAGAAACACAAUGGCAGAGCUAAUUUCCCCAUAGCCAGAGCUUGCACUGAGGGAAGAGAUAUUAUAUUUAUUUGUCCAGGGUCAUUUCUGUGCCUGUAAUCACUGUAUUUCUCCACUUCAUCCUCGGAGUGUGUUCUGGACCCUCUGAGGGUCUGGUAAUGGGCAAGUGGCUUAAUGUUUGCAGCUUAGCUGCAUCACUGAGUCCUGCAAUGCGUGGGGCAGUCUGAACCUCUCUGGGUCACAUCUCCCACCAGAACACUGCCUUUCCCAGAGAGACUCAGCAAACUCUUUCCCAUCCAUGUUGAUAAUACAAGCCCCAGUGAAGACAGACACUGGGUUUAAAAUCACAGAACAAUCUUUGUAACAAGUCUGGAUCUCCCAUUUUGCUUUUCUGUGAGCAGGAUUUCUGACACCUAAACCUGACAGGAUCUGUAUAGAACAAGAGGAAAAGCCAUGGGUCCCUGGAAAGUAAGAUACCCGUGAUACCUGUACAAGUGAGGAGAAAACCCAAGUCAGAAACCAAUCAUGAGUGAAAAAAAGAGCUGAAGUCCCACCCAAGCCAUUGUGAGCUCUCAUGUUUGUGCUUCAUCAAAUUCAAUACUAUAAACAGCUGUUUGGUCAUGUCCCUCACAGAUCUCCCAGAGGUCUUUCCAGAAGACAUUAAGCCCUCCCUUCACUCAGACGGGAUGUUGGCACUGCAAUGCUCUCUCCUCUGGAGAAAGGAUUUAAAAGAAACUGGCUCCUGAAUUUCAGUCUGAAUUAAACCAGAUCAAAGAUCGUGAUGAACCCUCUGCAGUUCCUUUUCUCCUGAACACUGAGAACGAGGGUGUCUGAUUUUUUUUUUUCCAGCAGACGUUUAGAUCGUGAGAGUGCAGAGAAUCUUCAGCAGAAAGGACUUGAGCGAGAGGAACCAGAUGGAACAAUUUCAGGGAGAUCCAAAGAGACCAUUUCCCAGAAUCCUGAUCAAGAAAGAGCCUGUGGGAGUUGUAACUGCCCAGAAAGACAGUGGGUAAGACCUCCAGAAGAGAGAGAGAGUAAAUCCACUCACCUCACAAACCUCAAAGGCACCAAUGUCCAUCAGUGGGCUGUCUCCACAGGCAGUCAGUGAAAACUAAAUGUUGUGAGAAAAGGUACAGCAGGGGCUCAGGCCUCAAUGGCUGCCAAAGAGCCCCGAUGGGAAAGAAAUCCUAUCCCUGUGCAGACUGUGGGAAGGUCUUCAGCUGGAGCUCAGCCCUGAUCACCCACCAGAGAACCCACACGGGUGAGAGGCCCUACAAGUGCCCUGCCUGCGGGAGAGGCUUCAGCCAGAGCUCCAACCUAGUCAGACAUCACCGCACCCACACUGGGGAGCGGCCCUAUGAGUGCAGUGAGUGUGGGAAGAGCUUCCGCCUCAACUCCCACUUCCUCAAGCAUCAGCGCACCCACGCCAAGCCCUACCCCUGUGGGGUCUGCCAGAGAGGCUUCCACAGCUCCUUGGCCUUGGGCAGGCACCAGAGAGCCCACACGCAGGAGCAAUGCUACACCUGUGCAGACUGCGGGAAGAGAUUUCGGGUGCGCUCAGCACUGGCCCAGCACCGCAGGACACACACAGGGGAGAGGCCCUUCCAGUGCUCCAGCUGUGGGAAGGGCUUCAGCCAGAGCGCCAACCUGCUCACGCAUCAGCGGGUCCACACUGGGGAGCGGCCCUUCCAGUGCACCGAGUGUGGGAAAUGCUUUGCCGUCAGCUCCCACCUCAGCACUCACCAGAGGAACCAUCGCGCGGAACGACCCUGCCAGUGCACUGACUGCGGAAAAGGUUUUGCCAACCCUGCCAAGCUACUCGCCCACCAGAGACGCCACACGGGGGAGCGGCCCUUCCAGUGCCCUGAGUGCGGGAAGUGCUUCAGUGACAGCUCCCUCCUGGUGAAACACCAGCGUAUCCACACAGGGGAGCGGCCCUUCCAGUGCCCCGAGUGCGGGAAGAGCUUCAACCGGAACCUGACCCUACUCAGACACCGGAGAGUGCACACCGGGGAGAGGCCCUACAUCUGCCCUGCCUGCGGGAAGGGCUUCAGCCAGAGCUCCCACCUCAUCACUCACCAGAGAGUGCACACAGGGGAGCGGCCCUACAAAUGCCCCACCUGCGGGAAGGCCUUCAGCCAGAACUCCAACCUGAUCCGGCACCAGAGGAACCACAAGCACCAGGACACACUGUAACCAGCUCAUCAGCACUUGCUGCACACAAGAGAAACCUGCACAGGCACACACUGUGGGGAAAAGCUUCAAACAGAGCUCGGACCUUACAAGGCACCAGAGAAGCCACGUGGGGAAGGAAGCAAUGGCUGUCAAACAAAUCAAGUCCUACCAUUUGGACAGUCCAGAGGAAGUGCUGGAAGCAGCAAGCUGUGCACUGUAGGGAAGUGAUUGCUUGGUGGUAUUUUUGGAUGGAGUAGAGGGAGGCACAAGGUGACAAAGAAGGGAUAAAUCUGAUAAAUCUACAGGCGAUUGAAAGGGAUACAUACCAAGGGCAAAGAGAACUUAUUUAGGGUUGCACAACAGAUGCAGCUAACAGCAGCAGGAUGAAAUUAAAAGGGGAAGCAUUUGUUUUAAAAAGUUCUUGACAGGACUAUGUAUUAUUGAGCAGUUGGAUAAUGCAAUGGUAGCUUCCUCAUUUGGGACUUUCUGAAAUGUGUUUUUUAGGUUAAUUUACUGUAGGGAGGCAGGGAGCUGGAUCAGAUGAAUUAAUGAGUCCUUCCUACCUCUGAUGUCUCUGAGUCUCUCAAUAGAGGG